ACAGUAAUCAUUCACUCUAAUAUAGUUUACCUCUCUCUCUCUCUCUCUCUCUCUCUCUCAACUCCUCAGAUCUCUCCCCCUUCUCUCCCUAUUUCUCUCUCUUUCUCUGAAGUUCUCGCUGGCUUCAAGGGUUUUCAGAUCUCGCAGCGAUUUGAAUGCCCUCAGGCCUCCUCCUCCCUCCCCCUGAGCUCCGACCCAACAUCCGUCCCUGAGUUCUCCACCCGCAGAUCUGAUCUCCUCGCCUCCCGAUCUGAGCCCACCAUGGCGGCUGCCAACGCCCCCAUCAUCAUGAAGGAGGCCCUCACGCUUCCAAGCAUCGGUAUCAAUCCGCAAUUUAUCACAUUUACCCAUGUCACGAUGGAGUCGGACAAGUACAUAUGUGUGCGGGAGACAGCACCGCAGAACAGCGUGGUCAUCAUCGAUAUGAAUAUGCCAAAUCAGCCUUUGAGGAGGCCUAUCACCGCUGACUCAGCUCUCAUGAACCCGAACUCUAGAAUCCUUGCUCUUAAAGCCCAACUACCGGGAACAACUCAGGAUCACUUACAAAUAUUUAACAUAGAGCUGAAAGCCAAAAUAAAGUCUCAUCAGAUGCCUGAACAGGUUGUUUUCUGGAAGUGGAUCACCCCUAAACUGUUGGGCCUAGUCACACAAUCCUCAGUAUACCACUGGUCAAUUGAAGGUGAUUCUGAGCCUGUGAAGAUGUUUGAGAGAACAGCUAAUUUGGUGAACAAUCAGAUAAUAAACUACCGAUGCGACCCUACUGAAAAGUGGUUGGUCUUGGUUGGUAUUGCUCCUGGUUCACCUGAGAGGCCACAACUAGUCAAGGGGAACAUGCAACUCUUCUCUUUGGAGCAGCAGAGGAGUCAAGCUCUUGAGGCGCAUGCUGCAGCAUUUGCUCCAUUCAAGGUGCCUGGAAAUGAGAAUCCCUCCACUCUCAUUUCCUUUGCCACGAAAACCGUCAAUGCUGGACAAGUCACGUCAAAGUUGCACAUUAUCGAAUUGGGUGCUCAGCCAGGGAAAGCAUCUUUUACAAAGAAGCAAGCAGAUCUCUUCUUUCCCCCAGAUUUUGCUGAUGACUUUCCAGUUGCAAUGCAGAUAUCCCACAAAUACAAUUUGAUAUAUGUGAUCACAAAGCUUGGGCUACUAUUCGUUUAUGACUUGGAGACAGCCACUGCUGUGUAUAGAAAUAGAAUUAGUCCAGAUCCUAUAUUUUUGACAGCUGAAGCUUCAUCAACUGGAGGUUUUUAUGCCAUCAACAGACGUGGCCAAGUUUUGCUGGCUAAUGUAAACGAGGCGACUAUCGUACCUUUUGUUAGUGGCCAAUUGAAUAAUUUGGAGCUGGCUGUCAACCUAGCUAAAAGAGGAAAUCUUCCUGGGGCUGAGCAGCUGGUUGUCCAACGGUUUCAAGAGCUGUUUGCGCAAACAAAGUACAAAGAAGCAGCAGAGCUAGCUGCUGAAUCUCCACAAGGAAUUCUGCGCACCCCUGACACUGUUGCUAAAUUUCAGAGUGUGCCAGUGCAAGCUGGGCAGACACCGCCUCUUUUACAGUACUUUGGGACACUUCUGACCAGAGGAAAGCUUAAUGCAUUUGAGUCAUUGGAAUUAUCCCGCCUUGUUGUGAACCAAAACAAGAAGAACCUCUUAGAGAAUUGGCUUGCAGAAGAUAAGCUGGAGUGCAGUGAGGAACUGGGAGACCUUGUGAAGACUGUUGAUAAUGAUCUUGCAUUGAAAAUAUACAUUAAAGCCAGAGCAACUCCAAAAGUAGUAGCAGCUUUUGCAGAGAGGAGGGAGUUCGACAAAAUAUUGAUCUACUCGAAGCAGGUUGGGUACAUGCCGGACUAUUUGUUCCUUCUACAAACGAUUCUUCGAACAGAUCCACAGGGUGCUGUCAACUUUGCUCUGAUGAUGUCUCAAAUGGAGGGAGGCUGUCCAGUUGAUUACAAUACCAUAACAGAUCUCUUUCUUCAGAGAAACUUAAUACGCGAAGCAACAGCUUUUCUGUUGGAUGUACUGAAGCCAAAUCUACCAGAGCACGCUUUCCUUCAAACCAAGGUCCUUGAGAUCAAUCUGGUUACUUUUCCUAAUGUUGCCGAUGCUAUUCUGGCCAAUGGAAUGUUUAGCCACUACGAUCGUCCACGGAUUGCCCAGCUGUGCGAAAAGGCCGGCCUUUAUGUUCGAGCAUUGCAACAUUACUCAGAGCUUCCUGAUAUCAAACGUGUAAUCGUGAAUACCCAUGCGAUCGAGCCUCAGUCACUUGUAGAGUUCUUUGGCACCCUUUCUAAAGAAUGGGCUGUAGAAUGCAUGAAGGACCUUCUACUGGUUAACUUGAGGGGCAACCUUCAGAUAAUUGUUCAGGUAGCCAAGGAAUAUUGUGAGCAGCUCGGCGUUGAUUCAUGCAUAAAACUUUUUGAGCAGUUCAAAUCUUAUGAAGGAUUAUACUUCUUUUUAGGAUCAUAUUUGAGUUCCAGUGAGGAUCCUGACAUUCAUUUCAAAUACAUAGAGGCUGCGGCUAAAACCGGUCAAAUCAAGGAGGUUGAGCGUGUGACUAGAGAGUCAAAUUUCUAUGAUGCAGAAAAGACUAAGAAUUUCCUGAUGGAGGCCAAGCUUCCAGAUGCACGUCCGCUCAUUAAUGUUUGUGAUCGAUUUGGCUUUGUGCCUGAUCUCACACACUAUCUUUACUCCAACAACAUGCUCCGCUAUAUUGAAGGCUAUGUUCAGAAGGUGAACCCUGGGAAUGCUCCUUUGGUAGUUGGGCAGCUACUAGAUGAUGAAUGCCCUGAAGAUUUCAUCAAAGGCUUGAUUCUCUCUGUCCGUUCUUUGCUCCCAGUGGAACCUCUUGUGGAAGAAUGUGAAAAGAGGAAUCGACUUCGUUUGCUCACUCAAUUUUUGGAGCAUCUUGUGAGUGAGGGGAGCCAAGAUGUUCAUGUCCACAAUGCUCUUGGUAAAAUAAUAAUUGAUAGUGGAAAUAACCCGGAGCAUUUUCUCACCACGAAUCCAUACUAUGAUUCUCGUGUUGUGGGUAAAUAUUGUGAGAAACGCGAUCCCACUCUUGCGGUCGUAGCAUACAGGAGAGGCCAGUGUGAUGAUGAGCUUGUCAAUGUGACCAACAAGAAUUCUCUCUUUAAAUUGCAAGCAAGAUAUGUAGUCGAGAGAAUGGAUGGUGAUCUCUGGGAGAAGGUUCUUAACCCUGAGAAUGAGUACCGGAGGCAGCUCAUCGAUCAGGUUGUAUCUACAGCACUGCCCGAAAGUCAGAGUCCGGAACAAGUAUCUGCAGCUGUUAAAGCUUUCAUGACUGCUGAUCUGCCACAUGAAUUAAUUGAGCUGCUGGAGAAAAUUGUUCUUCAAAAUUCUGCAUUCAGCGGGAACUUCAAUCUGCAGAACCUUCUUAUCCUCACUGCUAUCAAAGCUGAUCCCUCCAGAGUUAUGGAUUAUGUCAAUAGGCUGGACAACUUUGAUGGGCCUGCAGUUGGGGAGGUCGCAGUGGAAGCCCAAUUAUAUGAGGAAGCCUUUGCGAUUUUCAAGAAGUUCAACAUGAAUGUACAGGCCGUAAAUGUCUUGUUGGACAAUAUCCGAAGCAUUGAAAGGGCUGUCGAGUUUGCCUUCAGGGUCGAAGAGGAUGCUGUUUGGAGUCAGGUGGCAAAGGCUCAACUCAAGGAAGGUCUCGUCAGUGAUGCAAUUGAGUCAUUUAUUCGUGCAGAUGAUGCAACUCACUUUUUGGAUGUCAUUCAAGCUGCUGAGAAUGCAAAUGUGUACCAUGACUUGGUGCGUUACCUUUUGAUGGUCAGACAGAAGGCCAAGGAGCCGAAAGUGGAUAGUGAGCUCAUUUAUGCAUAUGCGAAGAUUGAUAGACUGGGUGAUAUUGAAGAAUUUAUUCUCAUGCCGAACGUGGCCAACCUUCAGAAUGUUGGUGAUCGCCUCUAUGAUGAAGCCCUCUAUGAGGCUGCAAAAAUCAUAUAUGCAUUCAUAUCGAACUGGGCCAAGCUGGCUGUCACCCUUGUUAAGCUUAAACAGUUCCAAGGUGCUGUUGAUGCAGCACGGAAGGCUAACAGCGCCAAGACAUGGAAGGAAGUUUGCUUUGCCUGUGUUGAUGCUGAGGAGUUCCGGUUAGCUCAAAUAUGUGGUCUGAACAUUAUAAUACAGGUGGAUGACUUGGAAGAAGUCAGCGAAUACUACCAGAAUAGGGGCUGCUUCAAUGAGCUUAUCUCUCUCAUGGAGAGUGGUCUUGGUUUGGAACGUGCACACAUGGGCAUAUUCACCGAGCUAGGAGUUCUCUAUGCUAGAUACCGUCCCGAGAAGCUCAUGGAGCACAUCAAGCUCUUCUCCACGCGUCUUAAUAUUCCGAAGCUCAUUCGAGCUUGUGACGAGCAGCAACAUUGGAAGGAGCUCACCUACCUGUACAUUUUAUACGACGAGUUCGAUAAUGCUGCAACUACUAUAAUGAAUCAUUCCCCAGAGGCUUGGGACCACAUGCAGUUCAAGGAUGUCAUUGUCAAAGUUGCCAGUGUGGAACUCUACUACAAAGCUGUUCACUUCUACUUGCAGGAGCAUCCGGAUUUGAUCAAUGAUGUCCUCAAUGUCCUGGCUCUUAGGGUGGACCACACUCGUGUUGUUGACAUCUUGAGGAAGGCUGGUCACUUGCGUCUCGUGAAGCCAUACAUGGUUGCAGUGCAGAGCAACAACGUGCCUGCUGUUAAUGAGGCCUUAAACGAAAUUUACGUAGAGGAGGAAGACUAUGAUCGGCUACGUGAAUCUAUCGACUUGCACGAUAACUUUGAUAUGAUUGGCCUUGCGCAAAAGAUUGAGAAGCACGAGCUACUCGAGAUGAGACGUGUUGCUGCUUAUAUUUACAAGAAGGCUGGGAGGUGGAAGGUAUCUAUUGCAUUGUCCAAGAAAGACAAGCAUUACAAGGAUGCUAUGGAGACAGCCUCCCAGUCUGGUGAUCGCGAACUUGCUGAAGAGUUGCUCAUCUAUUUCAUUGAACAGGGCAAGAAGGAGUGCUUUGCCUCGUGCUUGUUUGUAUGUUACGACUUAAUUCGGGCAGAUGUGGCUCUGGAACUCGCCUGGAUGAAUAACAUGAUUGAUUUUGCCUUCCCAUAUCUUCUACAGUUCAUCCGUGAGUACACUGGUAAAGUUGAUGAACUCAUUAAGGACAGGAUAGAGGCCCAAAACGAAAUGAAGGCUAAAGAGAAGGAAGAGAAGGAUGUCAUUGCCCAGCAGAAUAUGUAUGCUCAGUUACUGCCACUUGCUCUGCCUGCACCCCCGAUGCCUGGUAUGGGAGGCCCACAAGGAAUGGGUGGAGGCUUCGUUCCGCCACCACCAAUGGGCGGGAUGGGAAUGCCCCCUAUGCCGCCCUUUGGGAUGCCGCCGAUGGGAAGCUAUUGAUCUAAAGACAUAGGACCGUGAGGAUUGCGGCUUUUUUUCAAAGGAUGAAGAGUUUGGGAACAGUUUGAUUUCCUCUGUUUUUAGCUGUUGUAUAAUGUUGCUCUGUGUCAGACUGUUAUUUUCCGUUUUAUCGGUGUCAAUUGAAGGCAUUGUCAGACUGAUACGUCAAUUUUGUGGGGAUUUUACAUUAAAAUAGUUUGUGUUGAUAAAAAGUUGUCCACAAAAUAUUCUUUGGCUAGGGAGGUGGGAUGUGGCAUUCUUUUGGCUGUUGUAGAGAGCCAACCUUUGGAUUUCCCCUUUGUUGUUCUUUUUUUUUUUUUUUUGCCCCUCUUCUUGUACUACUGAUUUUACUUUAUUUACUAUCUCAUGAGUUGAAGUGAGUUCCUUCA